UCCACGUUUUGGUUAACUUGGGCUUUGUACAGUUGGACACAUGGAGGCCUAUAAGAACGCAGACGGUGAGAACAUUUUCCAUUUUCCUGACGCCAAACUAUAGAAACUUUUAGGAAGAAAACUGCAACAACAACAACAACAACAAAAAAGAUUAAAACAGGUGGCAGUGUCCACGCUGUCUGUGUCUCGUCCCAACGCCAGAUGUGUUGACUUAGCAGGGAUGCAGAGAAUUAAAGAAAAAAGGAAACGUUUGAUUUAUGAUCACUGGAAUCAUUGAGUCGUACUACGAGACUUCUCGGUUUUAGUUUAGGGGUCUUUUGUGGAAAAACUGCACCUGAGAUAUACUUUAAAACCCGUCUGAAUGGGCCGGUGUUUGUCACCCACUCUGCGCCUUUGUAAAUAUUUCAGGCCAUGACCAGCUUCCAGUGUCAGGUUGCAGUCUGUAAAGAGACUGGGAACCGCCAGCAGCAACAAUGGCCCGGCAAAUGUCUUCACUGCGACUGUCGAUUCGAGCCAAUGCGUUCACCUGCCUGGCCGUCUGCUACCUGCUCUUUGUCCUGCUGGGGGGCGCGGUGUUCAGCGUGGUGGAGGAGCCGCUGGAGAGGGAGAUGAGGGCGGAGGUGGAGGAGCUGCGGCGCUCCUUCUUGCGGGGGCACCCCUGCGUGGAGGAGGGCGAGCUGAGCGAGCUGCUGGGGAGGGUGCUCGCCGCCGACGCAGAACAGGGACGCCUCGACUUCGCCUCAUCCCUCUACUUCGUCAUCGUCACCCUGACCACCAUGGGUUCUGACUCGUACACCCCCAAAUCGGACGACGGCAAACUUUUUUGCAUCUUUUAUUGCGCCCUGGGGAUCCCCUCCACCCUGUUCCUCCUGUCGCGUCUCUCCAACAUGCUCCUCCCGGUUGUCACCCACUCCCCUGUCCAACGCCUGCACACUCACUGGGCCUUACCCUACGCCCGGGCCGCCCUCGUCCACGCCAGCCUCCUCUCUGUGCUCCUCCUCCUCCUCCUCUUCUUCCUCCCUGCCCUGCUGGUCUGUAUGGUGGAGCCUGACUGGAGCUUCGUGGACGCCCUUUUUUUCUGCUUUGUCACCCUGAGCACCGUUGGCGAGGGAGGAGCCUCUCUGGGGGAGAGCUGGGGGCCCCUGGCCAAAGACACACUCAAACUCCUCACCACAUGUUACCUGCUGGUGGGCCUGGUGCUGAUCCUUACCUUCAGGGAUACUGUUUUGCAGGUUCCCCAGGUCAGUGUGGCGAUGAGGCUCUUCUCCGGCUCGGAUCGCGCACAGCUGGACGGAGUCCAUCUCAGCGAAUUGACAUUGAGUGAGGACAACUGUGCGGAGGAGCCCCAGUACUCCCAGUCCGUGUGUACUAUCUCCUCCGCUCCGUUCCAGCUGAUGAGCCCAUGUUCAGACCUGCAGGGACCUAAAACCUCAACUCUUGAAAACACCCGACCCUCACAGCUCUGACUUACAACUCUCAAGUGCAUCGAUUGUAGGUCAGUGGCCACAUUUCAUCUUCCGGCAACAUACUGUAGCUCAUGAAUAAAAACACUGAAUGAUUUCACAGUAUUUCAAAGUUGGUGUCCCCUCCUUAAGUUUCCCCACUCCUGAUAUUACUAUUCUGGGUCCUACUCUUGUUUGGGGGACUAUCAUGCUCCUUUUUUCGGAACUACAGUUUUCAUGAUGCUUUGGUGACAGGUAGUGUAAUGUUGCUAUGGAGUCAGAGGCUUAGCUGUGGGCUACAACAACUCCUCUUUUUUACACUGUUCAAAAUAACCUUAUUCCAUAAUAAGGAAUCUUCCAUGACAGGUUCUUAAAACGGUCUUUAUGAAAUCUACCCACUUAUACCAAAUUCUUGUUCUUCAGGAAACCAUGGUAGAUCAAAAAGGCUUUUCAGCUUCUUCUGGACGUGAGGUCCAGCGUUCAAUUGUGAGUCAUUAAAGGGGCAGUAGGCAAUUUAAAUCCAAUAUCAUUUUUGUAAAAAUCAGCAAAUAUUUCCUCGCGGCCCGCUAGCUGUCGGUUCUGUGUGUGCUGAUAAAAAUCGAAUUUCUUUCGGCUCAGGCCUGGCUCUGUAAAUUGUAAACAAAAAAAAUGGUAGUAUAACCUUCUUUCUGCCCGUUACUAUGGGAAAAGGUAAUCAAGUACAACUGCAUCUCUUCAUACUCAACUUAGGAAACCAACUGCUGACACUUUUCUAAAUGUUCACUUUUGCUGACUGAGUCUCUGGCAUUACAUUUCUGACUGAAAACCAUUGAAAGGGUCGACUGACCUUGCUCACAUGAGCAGGCAGCUUAUAUAAAAAUACUGACCACAAGGUGUCACAGCUGUACAGACUGAGAGACUUAGAUCAUUUAAGUGCCUGAACGCUGCUGAACGACUGUGUUUCACUGAGGUCUCAUAAGCCGUCAACAUGCUUCCUGCUUAUAACAAGAAGGGUGCGGAAUAACCCAGCACAUACUGACCGUUUGAACAAGGUCUGGGUAUCUUUUGGAUAUUCAGUUUUUCCUUACAGGAAUGGGAAUAAAAAAACUAGAAGUUUAAAAUGCAAAAAAAUCCAUAAGGAUACACAGCAUAUUUUCUCAUGCACUAAUAAAAAAUAGUUCAAAAGGCUUAGAUGGAAUGAAUGCAUGUCUUAAUGUGUGUGUGUGUGUGUGUGUGUGUGUGUGUGUGUGUGUGUGU